AUGUUUGGGCACUUCUUGUUCGCUAUAGUGGCAAUUUCCGCUGCUCAUGUGGUGCAUGCAGCUCGAACCUUCUCGCAUGUACAUGAGGUCAGCGAUACAGAUUGGGACUAUAUUGUAGUAGGAGGCGGUCUUGGUGGCCUUGUUGUCAGUAAACGUCUUGCAGAGGAUGAAGGCAAAAAUGUUCUGAUUAUUGAAGCGGGCCACGAUGAUCGCGACGAUCCUAAAGUUUUCAAUGUUGACAAAUAUGGUCAAUAUAUCGGCACCGACCUUGACUGGAACUUUGUGACCAAAAAGCAGCCUAUCGCUGGAGGAAAAUCCAAGACAAUUCGCGGAGGAAAGACUCUUGGUGGUAGUACUUCCAUUAAUGGCGCAGCAUGGAACCGUGCACACAAAAUUCAGUACGAUCACCUUGGAAACAUAACGGGAGAUGAUCGCUACAAUUUCAAAAACUUGCAAAAAUACAUGAACAUGGCAGAGUCGUUUGUCCCGCCCACAGAUGAGCAACGCGCUGCUGGUGCCGAUUAUCUUCCUGAAGCUCAUGGAAGCCGUGGGCCGCUGUCUAUUGGAUUUUCCGCUAUUCGUAACAAGAAUAAGAAACGGAUGUUUACCGGUCCAGGGCAGGGCUCUUUCUUGAAAUCUAUCCAAAAAUCUUUAGGUGUCGCUCAUCUUCAAGACGAAAACAGUGGAAAUAACACUGGAGCCGCUUAUACUCCUACAUCGAUUUCCCAAGACAACAGGCGACAAAGUGCGUGUAACUAUUUCGAACAAUCGGGCAAUAAUGUUGGCGUUCUUCUUGGGUGGACUGUUAUCCAGUUGUCUUGGAAAAAUCAGGACGAAGGACGUGUGAGUGGUGUCGUGAUCAAGAAGAACGAGGACGGCAAACCACACACUGUCGAAACUAGCGGAGAGGUCAUUCUGUCAGCAGGCGCGCUCAACACUCCUGGCAUUCUUGAGCGCUCUGGUAUCGGAGCCAAAGAUGUGCUGCAGAAGCACAGCAUCGAACAAAUUAUUGACCUCCCUGGUGUAGGUAAAAAUCUGCAAGAACAAACGAUGAAUACAAUGGGUGGCAAGGCAGAUCUUGAUUGGUCUGGUGGUGGUCCAUCAAAUAUGAUUGCCAACACCGCAGUAACUCAGCUCAUGUCCAAUGCCUCGAACGUUUUCAAGUACAUUCAUCGAAAUAUGGAUAAGUGGGCGCACAGCUUGGUCUCUCAAGGACAUGUUGUGAAUGCUGACGCCAUUCAAAAACACUGGACACUUUCUGUGGAUGCCACAUUUAAAAAAGGUGCACCAGUCUGCGAACACUUUUUCGACACGGGCUACCCCGCUGAUUCUUACGGCAUCGAUACAUGGUGCCUGCUACCGUUUUCCCGUGGAUCAGUUCAUAUUACAUCUAAAAACGGAUUCGACAAACCCGAAGUGGACCCGAAUUACUUUGCAAUUCCUAUCGACAUGGACAUGCAAGUCGCUGCUCUACGCGCAAACCGCCGCGUUUUCCAAACGUCUCCGCUUCAUGACCUUUUGAAAAAAGAUGAAACUGUGCCUGGCUUCGAUCAUAUCCCUGAUGACCCGAAUCAUGGCUCCUAUGCAAAAUGGCAAGCUUGGAUUCUGGGAACUGAUGGCACGGGCGGUUUUGGCAGUGUCUCACAUCCGAUUGCCACAUGCUCGAUGAUUCCAAAGAAAGACGGAGGCGUCGUCGACCCCGAAUUCAAAGUGUAUGGAACUAACAACCUGCGCAUUGUGGAUGGAUCUGUUCUUCCCAUCCAAUUAUCUGCCCACUUGUCAAGUUCAUUGUACGGUCUGGCUGAAUUGGCGGCUGAUGUGAUUCGUCAUUAA